AUGAGGCUAAGCGACGCCAUGUGCGCGUCGAAUACGCCCAUGCGGUCCACCGAGUCAACAUGUAGCUCUCUAGAUGAGGUUUUGAGGCAGUCCAUCUUCCCUGCCGACCCGUUCGGACGCCCGGUCAGAACUCGAGCAUCAUCGAGAAAAGGCGGCAAGUUCCCCAGACUACUUUGGCGUUGCAGCAUGUCGGCUCGCAAUCUGCUGUCCCGCGAUCGAAGCGGUGGUGUCCCGAACGAAGGCAGGCGCAGUUUGAGACGACACACGCACGGUUCUCUCGCUUCAGCCACUCCAAGGUCAUCUACCACCAGCGACAGUCGGUCCUCACAUCGACCAACAUCCAGAGAGCCGAGCAUGACGCCCCGGUCCAGCACGGUUGUGCUUCGAGAAAGUAGUGAGGAUCUUCUUCUCUUUCGAGAAGAAGCAGAGUACUCGGAGUAUUUAUUAGCGCACGUGACGGGACAGCAUAUUGAACGAGCUGGAGACAACGUCGUCUUCUAUGAGGUUGAAGUGCAUUUGAGCAAGAAUCGGUGGCGUGUAGUGCGUCGCUUCUCGGAGUUUCGCGCCCUGCGACAACAGCUCAUCAAGCACUUUAGUCGAGGCAAACGUCGUCGUCAACCGCGCUGUCCCAUUUGCGAGAAUGUACUCGCUUCGAUCCUGGAUAUCGACUUCCCGUCUCGACAAGUGUGGGGGUCGCAUAUCUUCUCCAGCUCGUCUGCCGAUGCGCAUGAAGACGAAAUCAUCAACGAGCGUAAAGCGCGCUUCCAACAGUUUGUAGUCAUGUGCUUGAACACCCUUCGAAGUCUUCGUCAACACGUCCGCGUCAAGCCCGACAGUGCUGACUGUGAGAUCAGUGUGGUGUCUAGAAUGAUCGAGGAGUUUCUCGGUUUGAGCUUCACGAGAUACCUAGCGUUCCUCGGAGAGCGUGGGAUUGUCGACCAAGCAUCAGAGACGUCGAGACAGAGUCUCCCUGCUCGAAAAGAAGAUAGAGCAGUAUUCAAUGUCAAGUAUAAGGAGGUGAUGUAG